UAUUAUACAUUCUGUAAAUCAAUACACCUUAGUAUCUUGUGUUGCUAUUUGCAAGUUAGAUGGAAUAAAAAUCUAUAUGACCAGUUUGUAAGACAUGCUUUGUGUUCAUCUAGAAAGCGAGAAGCAAGAAAAUAUCUAAAUUAUGAGUACUGUAAACCAGGGGUGGACUGACCAUUUGGAAACUCGGGCACUGCCCGAGGGCCCGGGAUGCCCCUGGUACCUUUUUCAUAGGCUUUUUUGAGUUUGGGCAAGGACACAGGGGCCCCAUGAUCCCCUAUUGCCGGGGG